GUGGAGGCGCGCGAACCUGUCCGGUGAGCUCGUUAAAAAGUGUUCCGCAGCAGUCUACACCUUUAAAGCCCGCAGAGUGCAGCGAGUUCAUGUGUCCGUAAAGGCGCACGAUAUGACCGACCGCUGCUGCCGACUGCCCGUUUGCCGCGUAGACUACAGUAGGACAGAGUACCUACAGUAACCUGGCGGGUCCAAAAAUGUCUGUGUCUUUAAAAAGAACUAUUUGCCGAGUGCUGCAUGAUGUCAGGCUGAAUGCAGUCCGUAUACUGUUCAUGUGAGCUGCGUUUACUUCCUGCAAAGGGACAGAAGCGGGCAGAGAAAGAGAGAGUGGGAUAGAGAUGGGGAACGAGCGGCCGGAGAUAAAGUGAAAGAGUGAGCCAGCGGACGAAAGGAAACCGGGGCCUGCUUCUUCUUCUUCUUCUUCUUCUUUUUAAAAAACAAAACAAAAAACAAACGCCUUCCAAACUUUAUAGGCUAUAAGAAGAAAAAGCCUGCCACAUCUGGGCCAGCUGAUUUUAUGGAAUAGCGACGCAUCGGAUGCCUCUCUCGGCGGCAGAGUCUGCAGUGAAUAUCUGAAGCCCCAUCUUCCUUCCACUCUGUGGCCAUCAUGUCCCAGCUGCUCCAUGUGGAGAUCCCAAACUUUGGAGCUACGGUUCUGGGUUCCCUUAAUGAGCAGCGCUUGCUGGGACACUACUGUGAUGUAUCCAUACUGGUUAAAGGCCAGGCUUUCAAAGCCCACCGGGCUGUUUUGGCCGCCAGCAGCCUCUACUUUCGUGACCUCUUCAGCAGCUCCACCAAGACCCAGUUUGAGUUGCCUUCCUCAGUCACACCUGCUUGCUUUGAGCAGAUCCUCACUUUCUGCUACACAGGGAAGCUAACAAUGGCAGCUAGUGAACAGCUGGUGGUCAUGUACACAGCUGGCUACCUCCAAAUUCAGCAUAUAGUUGAAAAAGGCAUGGACCUAAUGUUUAAGGCAAACUCACCUCACUGUGACUCGCAGACAAUGGGGUCCUUAGAAGAAACGGUAUCUGAGCCACAGAGUCCUUGUAAUAAUGGCAACGGCCUGGCAGUGGCUGCCCUUCUAGGGACCCCGGGAUGGUCUUCGACUCUGCUCAUACCGCAGCGUAAGAUUAAAAUUGAAGGAGGUGAGCCCUUGCCCCUGACUGUACCUUCAACGCCAAGUAAGACUUCGCCUUCAGAGCUUGGAAGUAGACUGGGGAGGGCCGGGCCGCUGUUCUACACAACAGCUGGAGGGACCCCUAUCCCUGGUAUGCCUGCUUUCAGCCUCCAGGGGACUAGUGGCAGUGGAGCUGGAGGAGGAGGAGCAGCCGGCGGUGACAGGUCCAGCCCCGGAGCUUCCAGUCUGCCCACAACCGACAGUCCCACGUCCUACCAGAACGAGGAUGAGGAGUUUGAGGAGGAGCCCUACGAUGGGAUCACCGAGGAGACCUACAGUCAUCUUUAUGGACGUUCAGCCAAUCCCUACGGGAUCCAAGACAAGCCGGAGAUGGCGUCGAUGCCCUUGUCCUUGGAGAACCGCAACUGCGUGCUGAUCCGCAGGGACCUUGUGGCGCUGCCUGCAAGCCUCAUAAGCCAGAUAGGCUACCGCUGCCAUCCUAAGCUCUAUACUGAGGGGGACCCUGGAGAGAAGCUGGAGCUGGUGGCGGGUACACAAGUGUUCAUGACUCGAGGCCAGCUGAUGAAUUGUCAUCUAUGUGCCGGCAUCAAACACAAAGUCUUGCUCCGCCGUCUCUUAGCCACAUUCUUUGACAGAAACACUUUGGCCAAUAGCUGUGGGACGGGCAUUCGCUCUUCUACUAGUGAUCCCAGCAGGAAACCCCUGGACAGCAGGGUCCUCAACGCUGUCAAACUCUACUGUCAAAAUUUCAACCCUAACUUCAAGGAGAGUGAAAUGAAUGUGAUUGCUGCUGACAUGUGCACAAACGCGAGGCGGGUCCGCAAGCGAUGGUUGCCCAAGAUUAAGUCCAUGCUGCCCGAUGGCAUGGAUGUGUACCGUGCAGGAAUGGGCAUGAGCGCUGCUAUAGGUCUGGGUCUGACGCUGGGUGCCCCUCAGUCAGGGUUACCCCUCACUUUUGAGGCCGACUUCAAGACCUUAGAGCAAAGGUUGUAUCCUGAUCGUAAGGACCCUCUCAGGACUCACCCACCCCUGACAGAAGGCAGCCCCGGGUCUGGGGCGGCUGGAGCAGAAGCUGAAGAUGAAGGCGAAGGAGCAGUCCAAGAGGAACAGGAGGAAGACGAGGAUGAAGCUAGGUUAGAGGGUGUAAACAGAUCACUGGGGGCGAUCCCAGGAGCCGAGGCAGGCAACUGUGGCGACACGCCGGCUGAGCAGGAAGCAGAAAAUUUUGGACAUGGUGCGAGGGUGAACGGACAGUGAAUGUCCUUUUUAGGCUGUCUCUUACAUUGUGAGAGACAGCCUCUUCUCUUUGCUUGCUCUUUUACAACAGCUCGUCCGCCACUCUUCCUCCUCUGUGCUUCCUCAACGGGAAUUUCGCUCAGCACAAGAAGCCGCACUCACUGAUCUUACUAUACAGGAAUCUGUCGCACAUGCAUGCGCACACGUGUGCUUGCGUGCUCCCAUAAUUGCCGCUAGUGGAAGCAGAACACUGUUCUUAGAAGUAGACACAGGCAUGGCAUUAGCACUUUGAGAAAGUCGACUCUUUCUGCUCCGCCCGUUUCUUGGUACACUCAGUAUGUACUCAGUGUUUUGGCAUCCGCAGCAUUAUUACAAAGGCCUGGUAGCAGAACAAAUGGCUGUAAUGAUUCAUCAUUCAAGUGCAAUACAAAAGCAACAGCUGCUUUGCCGGUGUGGUACACUGAUUUGUAAAAUGAUUCCAUUUUCUUGGAAAGCUGCAUCAGAAACUAACCCGUGUAACCUUGGGGAAAACAGAUCUGGAAAGAGCAAUGUUGACCUUUAUGUUACUUUACUGUAUUUUGAACGUGUAUGAAUGUAUAACAACAACAGUUUUGCAAUUUAAGGCCAUGUACUGUGGUAGCUUUAAGCAGUCAUGUCUAUAGUCCACAGUCUAAAAACAACUCUAUCACAUGGAGUUGUUUAUUCGCGCAUAUUUGCCCAUGACAUGUUGAAUUAGGUUGUCAAUGUGAUGCCUGUGUCUGCUCCAGACCACUCCUCCCCAACCAAACAUGCAUACAGAUAAGACAUAUUUCCUAACCCGUGGAUAAUAGCCUUGAAUAUCUGCGCCAAUGUAUUCAGAAUACAUGGUCUAUAAAAACAGUGCUUUUUAACUCUGGGUGAAAAUCAUUCUCUUGUGGAGAUACAGAGAGAGACUUGAACAUGAACAUGCACUAAAAAAAGAGAGAGAGAGAAAGAAAAAA